AUGGAGGAGCUUCACCACAAGGACUCACUGAGGAUUCUUUGCUGCCUCUUCAGGGAGCCUGGAGUCCCCGGGAUGGCCUUGGAGAGGGACAGACUCCCAGCCCAGCAACAGGGCCACAAACACAUGACUGACUCCUACAUCCCACCUUGGAGGGCCCUGGGGAUCCAGGAGGUGGUGACGUUCCAGGAUGUGGCUGUGGACUUCACGAGGGAGGAGUGGCGCCUCUUGUCCCCUCCCCAGAAGGAGCUGUACAAGGAGGUGAUGCUGGAGAAUGCCCAGAGAAUGCACACUGGGGAAAAUACUUAUGAAUGUAAUCAAUGUGGAAAAACAUUCAGAAAUAACUCUAGUCUUGCUGUACAUCAGAGAAUCCACACUGGGGAUAAACCUUAUGAAUGUAAACAGUGUGGAAAGACAUUCACAUGUAACUCCAGUCUUCUUUAUCAUCAUAGAAUCCACACUGGGGAGAAGCCUUAUGAAUGCAAGGAAUGUGGAAAAACAUUCAGUUGUAGCUCCCAUCUUGCUGUACAUCAGAGAGUCCACACUGGGGAGAAACCUUAUGAAUGCAAGGAAUGUGGAAAGAUGUUCCGUCGCAGUUCAAGUCUUGCUGUACAUCAGAGAAUCCACACUGGGGAAAGACCUUAUGAAUGCAACCAAUGUGGAAAGUCUUUCUGUCAUAGCUCCAGUCUUGCUGUACAUCAGAGAGUCCACACUGGGGAAAGACCUUAUGAAUGCAAACAGUGUGGAAAGACAUUCAGUGAGAGUUCCCGUCUUGCUGUACAUCAGAGAAUGCACACUGGGGAGAAACCUUAUAAAUGCAAUCAGUGUGGAAAGACAUUCAGCCGGAACUCCAGUCUUGCUGUACAUCAGAGAGUCCACACUGGGGAGAAACCUUAUGAAUGUAAGCAAUGUGGAAAGACAUUCAGUGUCAGCUCCCGUCUUGCUGUUCAUCAGAGAAUCCAUACUGGGGAGAAACCUCAUAAAUGCAAGCAAUGUGGAGAGACAUUCACUCAGAGAUCCAGUCUUGCUGCACAUCAGAGAAUCCACACUGGCCUGAAACCUUAUGAAUGCAAACAGUGUGGAAAGACAUACAGACAGAGCUCCUAUCUUGCUGUUCAUCAGAGAACCCACACUGGGGAGAGACCUUAUGAAUGUAAACAAUGUGGAAAGACAUUCAGUAGCAGCUCAAGUCUUGCUGUACAUCAGAGAGUCCACACUGCAGAGAAACCUUAUGAAUGCAGUCAAUGUGGAAAGGCAUUCAAUCAACGCUUCAGUCUUGCUUAUCAUCAGAGAAUUCACACUGGGGAGAAGCCUUAUGAAUGCAAACAAUGUCGAAAGACAUUCAGUCAGAGUUCCCAACUUGCUGUACAUCAGAGAGUCCACACUGGGGAGAAACCUUAUGAAUGCAAACAGUGUGGAAAGACAUACAGUCAGAGCUCCUAUCUUGCUGUUCAUCAGAGAACCCACACUGGGGAGAGACCUUAUGAAUGUAAGCAAUGUGGUAAGACAUUCAUUCGGAGCUCCCAUCUUGCUGUACAUCAGAGAGUCCACACUGCAGAGAAACUGUAUGAAUGCAGUCAAUGUGGAAAGGCAUUCAAUCAACGCAUCAGUCUUGCUUAUCAUCAGCGAAUCCACACUGGGGAGAAACCUUAUGAAUGUAAGCAGUGUAGAAAAUCAUUCACUAUUAGAUCUAGUCUUGCUGAACAUCAGAGAAUUCACACUGGUGAGAGACCUUAUGAAUGCAGUCAAUGUGGAAAGACAUUCAUUCGGAGCUCCCAUCUUGCUGUACAUCAGAGAGUUCACACUGGAGAA